AUGCACGAAACUCCUGAAAUUCCUUGUCAAAUUUGCGAUCUGCCAGCUCAUGGAAAUCAUUUUGGAGCUAUUAGUUGCCGGGCAUGUUCUGCAUUCUUCCGAAGAAGCAUAAUCGAUAAAAGUGGAGAAAGUUUCAAAUGUCUACGUGGAAAUGAUAAAUGUCUGUUGAAGUCUUCUGGAAAGUUUUUCUGUAAAAAGUGUCGCCUGAAGAAGUGUUUUGAGGUCGGAAUGGAUUCGAAACUCAUUCAACACGGUCGUGAUAAAAUAAAAACUCCGCCUUCUCUUCCUCAGACAAUGUCAACUCUAAUCGGCCGUCCAUCUUAUAUAAUUCAUUGCUCCCCCGUAGCCAACGCUUCCAAGAAAUCAAUUGUCGAUGUGACUUAUCUCAUUGAUAAAGCAAAUGACUGCUUCGAUUUCGGACCUGCUCUUCUCAACAAACAAUUGAAGAUUUUGGAGAAAAUGCGAAUAGCGAAUGACUUUCUGGAAUCAUUCGAGAGUUCUGAACUUUCAAAAAUAGAGCCAAGUUCUUCGAUGACCCAGAUUCCAGUUUUCGACAAACAAUUUUUCAUGCACUAUUGGGAAGUUGAUUUUUUGAAAACUGCAAAGUGGCUGAGUUUUCUAGACGGUUUCCAAAAACUACCGAGGACAGUACAGAUUCAAAUUCUGAUGACUACGUGGCAUCUUCGAGCAAGAAUGGAUCGUUUAUGUCGAACUGCGAAACUUCGAAGAAAAAUGAAAAUCGGAGAAAAUGAUUUCAUGAUUGGUUCAAAUUCCUGUUUUGAUUUGAAAAAUUGCAAACUUGAUGUUUCAUGGUGCACUGACUACCCAAAUGAACAAAUACAAUUUUUUCUGGAAGGUUUCGACAAUUGGGUUCAUAAUGAAGUUGUAGAACAACUUGAAGAACUGAAUCCUUCUGAAAUCGAAAUCUCGUUCAUGACUUGCCAAUUCUGUUUCCAUUAUGCUGGAAAACGACUUCAAGGAUACAUUCUGGCAGAAAUGGAAAAGUACUUGGAUUUAAUAUCGGAUGAUUUGCAUCAGUAUUAUCAAGAACAAAACAUAAAGAACUACUCGGAAAGAAUAUCCAAAAUGAUGAAAAUAAACAAUAGGAUUCAGAAAGUCAUUUGGGAGAAGCGAUGGAAAACUGAAUUGGCCCAGAAGUUCGACAUAUUUCAUGUACAAUUCUCGCACCCGGAAAUGUUUUAUGAUUGUUGUUAA